GAAAUAAGGGAACUUGACUGAAAGUCUCAACCACUGUAUUGCAAUGAAACUUGGCUGCAUCUUAUCCACAAUUCCCUCACCUCCAAACUAUCACUGGUUCACAAUCUUCUCCCUAGAAAAACCAGAACACGAAAUCUGCAGUCAGACAGACACAGAACCAUCAUCAAUCUAAUAGAAAAGAAAGUAUGUCUGUGGCACCAUCCCCUUCAUUCCCCCGCAUAAGAUUCCCUAACCCUUCUACUCCAUCUCCACCAUCAUAUGCUUCAUAUGCUCCCUCUUCUUCUUCCAUCUUCAAAUUUACUGUAAGGAACUCUCAAACCGAAGGCCCUUUCAGAAGACCCGUGGCUCCUACCCCAGUAAAGCCUGUGCCCCCAACUCCUCCACCUGACCCCUCUCUCAAGCCGACUCCGGCACCGGCACCAGCACCGGUGGUUCCGGCGGCUGCUGUGGAGGACAAGAAUGUUGUUACCUUGGAGUUUCAGAGGCAGAAGGCCAAAGAGCUUCAAGAAUAUUUCAAACAAAAGAAGAUUGAGGAGGCUGCUCAGGGCCCUUUCUUUGGCUUCGUUGGCAAGAAUGAGAUCGCCAAUGGCAGAUGGGCAAUGUUUGGCUUCGCAGUUGGAAUGCUAACAGAGUAUGCAACGGGGUCCGACUUUGUGGAUCAAGUCAAAAUCCUUCUCUCCAAUUUCGGAGUACUAGAUCUCGAUUGAUACAUUUCUUGGUCUUUUUCAUCAACAUUCUCACCUGUAAUUUGGAGAUUCCAUUGAGCUAUGUGUAGCUUACAGAGUUUGUUGUAGCUCCUGUCUGGAAAUACAGAAAAAAAAAAAAAAAAAAAAAAAAAAACACUCCUGGCUUCAUUAUAUACAAAGCAAAGCACUUCGAAAUUGUGUUAAACACGGCGCACUUCUGUUGUUUUCUUUAUAUCAAGUGUUCGACAUUGCUGAUUAUGUAUCACUUGAACACCACUUGUAAGAUGAUCUGCAUAUUACACAAGAUGCUGGUUUAAAAUUUUUGCCAGUGUUGAAAACUA